AUGACAGACAAGACACGCGAAAAUGCAACAAAGCUCUACCCACCUCAACUUUUACCUACAUCACAGCAGAAAAAAGUCUUCGCGAGUAGUCUUAUCCAAUCUGCAGAUGAGUUGAUCAAAGAGAUUAACACGGCAUCAGAUAACAUUAGACUUAGUCGCGAUAAAGCUCUUGCAACAACGAAAGAAUGGCAACGAAAACAACUAGAAAGUAUCGAGCAACGCUACUUGAAUCAUUGCAACGACAUCGAAGAACGCUUUAAACGACUGAUGUCGCUCGAGCAAGAUGUACGAACUCGCUUAUCGACUGAAAUUGAUGAACCACUCGUCAAUGGUAAUCUUACUGAUGAAACAGCUGUCGUUGUACAGAAGACGAUCGAUUCUGUUCGUCAGGAUGUAUGGCAAUUAAGAUGGAAUGCUGUUACCGCAAAACUGAAAGUACCAAAAGCUGAAGAAACUGCUGAUCCUCCCGAUAAACACCAGGGUUUCUCCAAGGUCUUUGAGCAAGCAGCCAAAGAUUGCAAUAAACAGAAAAUUAUUUGGGUUGGUGGAUGGGCAAAAGAAGCCCAGAACUACAAGAUUAUUACACCGUCGGGUCUCAACAGCAAAAAAGCCAAAGGUAUGAUUAUUUCAUGCCCACGAGAAAAAUCGCUAGCUGACAAUGUACUACAUAUAUAA